GACAUCUACUAGAUGAUGAUUCAUGCAAAAUAUCUAAGCUCUAGCUCUUAUGGUUUUUUGAAAGAAGAUUUUUUUAAAGUUUUCUUCCUGUUGCCAGGGCAACCAGAGUUCUGCAUGGAAUCAAUUCUUUGAGCAUUUUUCAAAUGAUCCCUUCAAAGGAAUAUUCCAGGGAAGUUUGGAUGAUAUUGGCUAAGUGGUUUAUGGCGAGAUGUCUUUUGAAGUAAAAAUUUACGGACGGACACCAGAUGAAUUGCGAUUACAAAAGCUUACCUUGUCACUAUGAAAAAAUACUGAAAAACUGCUGAAAAAUACGUAAAUUCUUGUGGUGAAAACUGAAAAGUAGGAUAGGGCAUGGAAAUAAAGAAUAAGGAUGAAAAGCUAACUAAUAGGAGGGGUCAUGAUGACCUAAAACUGAACAUGCAAAUGUUACUCAUCACCUCCAAACAGUGACAACACUGAAUGUCUUUUAAUACCGAAUACUACAUACAAGUGCUCAUAAAAAUUUUAAGUGAUAACAUUUAUAUAGUAUACCCCCGAAACAGUUAAAAUCUCAGAAGUUCAAAUUACAGGUAUUCAUUUCUGGAAGAAUAAACAAACUUCUUAUGGAAAUAAAAUCAUGGAGAGGUAGACAUUCAAUAUUUUUCCUUUGAAUUAAUAUCCCUAUAUUUUGGUAUUAUCAGGAAGCUUAUUACGUAAAGGUUAUGAUUUAUUAAACAAAAUGAUCAUUUACCCUUGAAAGGCUUGUAAUUGCACCAGUCCUGUCUUCUUACAACAGAAGAGUGACAAAAUAAGAAGGACUGACAGAAGAGUGAUAAAAUAAGGACUCAGAGAUUAUAAAUGACGUAUGCAUAAAUGAUGUCGAACCGACCCAACCAUACACAGAGUUUUUCACGGCGACUUUCUGAAGUGCUUGAUGACAUUGGUGUAAAUGAUGCCAUGGUCAGAAAAAGAAGAGAAAUAAUGUUGGCAAAUGAAACUAUUAAAACAAUACAGCAAAAAAUGCUAGGGAACAAUAAGACACUGUAUAACUUUGGGAGCCGGACAGAAGGCACCACAACAAUAGGGCUUAAUUCAGAUACAGACACCCUUGUUUCAGACAACCGUUUAAAUAUAAUACAAGAUCUUGCAGAGUGGCGUGAAGGGUAUAAAAAUCUGUUGAUGGUGCAUGACCCUAAUACACCACCAGGGUAUUGUCUUUUACAGAGUACAUAUGACAACAAUCCUAGGCCAGUUGUUCAUCCACAAACCGGAAGAGACCUUGUAAGGAAUGACUGGUUUGUAGAUAGAAUGCCUGAGGGUACUACAAGACAUGGACCAUCAUUGUCCACACGCGGUUUACAAGGAUUUUUUGAUGAUGACACUGUGCAUGCAUUCUAUUGUAAAUCAUGGCCAAAGGAGGCAAGACAGUGGGUAGACACAACAAGACCUGGAGAUUGGCCUCCUGAAGAAUUGAAGAGACAAGCUAUAAAUGAUGGAUGUUUUGUUGUACCUGUUGGCUGCUGUGAUACUGAAAAUGAGGAAUUUCAAUGGAGAAUAUCAACAUCAUUAACAGAACGCAGGCUUAUGUUCAGCUUAAACAUAGUUCAAAUAAGGUGUCAUGUAUUAAUGAAAAUGAUUCUAAAAUCUGACCAGACCCUUGAUUCUGAUGAUGCCCUUUCAAGUUUUAUCUGUAAAACAGUCCUCCUUCAUUGCAUUCAAAGAGAGGAAGAAAAUCUCUGGCAAGAUGAUAACUUACUAACCUGUUUUAAAAUUUGCUUAAAGUUUCUGCGUGAUUGUGUUGUGUCCGAACGCUGUCCACACUUUAUUAUACCGGCAAACAAUCUUAUGGCAAGACGCAUUCCACCAGACGUCAAACCAAAAAUUCUUACCACAAUCCAACGUAUUUUAGAUAGUGAUGGUAAUGCUUUAAAUGAAAUCCAAAUUGACCAUCUCGGUAUGAGAUUAAGUGGACAGUAUAAUCAAACUGUGUAUGGUCACAACAAUGUUAUAGUUGAAGUACUACCAUCAGGAUUUACAAUCAGGCAAUCAUUAUCGGGACACCUGCUUUAUAAUUUCAUGCUCUUUUUGAGUGCAUUCAAUAAGAACCUUAUGUCUACUUUGACUGACUGCAAAACUGAAACUGUUGUUCAAAAUUUAUCACAAUAUAUUGACAAGCUUGGAAGCAUUUAUCCUGAAGGUGAUUACAAUGCAAAGACAGCCUGUACCGUCCUAGCAUCAUUCUUAUACAUGUCAUAUGGAUCAGUUCUUGCUUCUCGGUGUAUUUCUAGGAAUGAAUCGAUUACAGAAAACAUUCUUCUUAUGAUAGAACAAGGUUCAAUGACUGAUUUCUCAUGUAGCUUAAAACAAGCAUCAGUGUUUUACUGCAAAGGAGACAUUCUUCUGGUUCGAGGCAUACUUGAUCAAAUAGAUCAACAAUAUAGCAUUGAACGUUUGCAAUCGGUUUGUUGUUGCUACCAGAGUCGAGAUAGAGGAAUGCAAAAGCCUGAAUUUCAGGAAGUUUGUGUUGAAGGUGAUAUAAAACAUGCAUUGAAGCACACGGCUUUUUGUGUCAGGUUCUUGCCAUGUGAGGUAAAUUGUGUCCCGGAGGAGCUAAAACACGAGUAUUUUCGCACAGUAUCGGGCAUGCAUUGUUACAGAGAGCAGCAGGAUGACUGGAUGGACUGGGCUGUAGUAGACUCUAUUCCCUAUUUUCAUUUCUUACAAUAUAAAGUCUAUUCCCAGCAAGGUAACGGACGAAGAAAAUGGACGGCUUUUAAUAAACUUAGGCAAGCAAUAGCCAAUGACCCAAACCUUGGACACAAAGAAACAGCCUUAAAUUUACUGGCACAAUGCAUGGAGCAGGAAUGUGUGUUGGAUGAUGCAUUAGAUUGCUACAACAACUCAAUUAACCAUCGUCCAGAUCACAAUGCUGCAAAUUCUCUCAAACAGGAAACAUCAUAUAGACUCUAGAAUGAAUGAUAAACCUAACUUUGACCAUAAGCAGUGUACGUCUAUUCUAGAAGGGGGAAUGGGGGGAUUCACUCAUAUUUUUGAGAAUUCCCCCCUAUUUUUCAGAGGCAGGGUGGAAAUUUACAUAGAGAAAGAAAGAAAAAGAAGGAAAAAGAUCAACAAAUGUGAUAAAUUCUCAUUUUCGAUAAAAAUGUUUUUCAAAUCCUAGAAUAGACUGUAUAAGUCUGUUUAAUUCAGAAUAGAAACAGAAUAUUCCUUACAACUUAAGAAAACUAAAUAUAUUUUAUCAUUUGUAGUAUCAACAUGAAAAGCAGCUUAGCAUAGGAUUUAACCCAUUACGCGAUAUACACGCCUUUAACGCCUUUUUCACCCCCCCCCCUUUUUUUUGUUGUCUCUAAUGGUGAAAAAAUGCCUUAUUUAGGCCCCCAACACUUGUUUUUGUUCGAGAAAUGUUGUUAAAAAAGUGACCAUUUUUUCGGCGCGGCCCCCAACCAAAAGAUACAUCGGGGGGUUGCCAGAAGGGAGAUGUGCCCCCUGUUUGGGGGGUUUGAAGGGGGCAGAAUCCCCCUCAUCGCCAAGAAAAUUUUGGACUUGUGAGAGGCUAUAAAUGAACCCAGAUUGAUCAUUAAGGUAAUGUGUAACCAACGCUGAAAAGCAUUUGACUCUAUCUCAAUCCAUUGAGAAGUUGCAGCACUUUGAAAUCAAUUUUGAUGGAAAAAAUCAACGCAAAAUAGUGAUUUUUGGCAAUUUUGAGAUGUCCCCUCGUUGCCAUGGUAACAGAAAAUUUAAGCCUGAGCAUGUUGUUUUAAGGGCAAUGGUCCAGUCAACAUUUGUGCCAAGUUUGAUUAGUGUUGAAGCAGUUUUUUUUAUAGUAUUAUAGCAAUUUGAACUUGUAACGGGAGACUUUUCAAUGAAAACAGCCAUUUUUCACAAAAUGCUCAUGAAGUAAUGGGUUAAAACACAUAAUUUUAAAAUGAUAUGACAGGAAGAAAAAUUAGUUGUUUUGCAUAUUUUCCCCUGAAAGACAUCAAAUAAAAUGAGCAGGAAAUUAGCAUGUUUUCAAUAUGUAUAUCAAAUAUCGAAAGAGGUGAGUAAAUGAGCCACGUCACGACAAAACCGACAUAAUGGGUUUGCGACCAGCAUGGAUCCAGACCAGUCUGCGCAUCCACUCAGUCUGAUCAGGAUCCAUGCUGUUCGCUAUCAGUUU